AUGGCGUUGUCUUUGGCAAGCAGUUUCAAUGUUUUCGUAGUAGAGAUAAUUACGAAUGCGAAAAAGGCAGAGGAAGCGAGAGAUAGGAAAGAGGCAUGCAUUCUUACAGUGCCGAUAGCUGUUGUAGGCGAAAGCACCAAGUUCUACCAUCCCACCAUGGUGUCAUUUGGCCCUUAUCAUAAUUACUCUCCCCAAUAUCAUGGCAAGAAGGUCGAGCAGUCCCUCAUGGAGAAAGAAAAGGAGCGGCGGGAGCAGCUUGAUGGAAUGCAAUCGGACAAGCUCCCGAUAAAGAAAUUUGCUCAGAUGUGCUUUGUAGACGUGGCGUUUCUGCUAGAAUUUCUCAACACUUUUGUUAUGGGUUUUAAUAGACAAGAGGAUGGUAGCGGCGUCAGCGGUAACAUUUUGCCAGUUUACAGUGGAUGGGAUGAUGCCUCUGCUCAGGUAGCUUCCAGUCAUCCUGUUUUCUAUGAGCGCAGUAACAAUCCCGUGCUCUUCACCAUUUUGAUGGAUGUGAUGAAACUGGAGAACCAACUGCCAAUGGCGGCUCUUGAAAAAGCAAUGGAGGAACUAAAGCUGGUAUCACCCAGUUCUGACUCCUCUGCUUCCGAUUGUGACUUCAGAUCCUCUGUGCUAAAGCUUUUGUAUUGUCUUAUAAGUCCUUGUAUUAGGAAAAAGGAAAUUCCUGAGAUAAGCGAUGAAAGGUAUCUUCCAUACGGAGCAGAGAAACUUACAAAACCUGGAGUAGUGUUCAAAGCAAUGGAUUAUGACGGGAUCCAUGAUAUCUCUUUCGACAAGCAGACUGGCACUCUGCUUCUUCCGGAAAUUGAUGUUGGAGUGUGGACAGAAACAAUAUUCAGAAAUUUAUUGGCAUAUGAGGCUUGCUAUAAAAGUGGAAGCAAUGAGCUUUUAGAGAUGAGUAGCGAUGAAGAUCAAAAAGUAGUAACUCGCUUCGUCCUGUUUAUGUCCCACUUGGUGGAAACGGAAAAAGAUGCAGAUGCUUUGAGAGAGGAGAAAAUCAUUCAGAACAAUCUGGCUGACAGCAAAGAGGUGGCCAGGAUGUGGAAUGAUAUGAACAGUUCAAGAUGGAUACCUAAAUGCAACCAAUUUGAUGAGAUCACGAGGGAGCUGAAAGGUAUAGGAAGUCCAACGGUCGCAUGA